GUCGGAUUUUUGUAAAAUUGGAUUUUGGAUAAGAGAACAGAUAAAGAAAAAGAAGAGCGUGAGAUAAAAGUGAGCCACACGAUGGAGUAUGGCCGAGUAAGCAUCGGCCGAGUAAUUGAGACGGAUCAAGUUGCAGAAGCCAUGAGAGUCUGUUUCCUUUUACUUUCUCAAGGCGACGCUCGAGCUCCUCCGCUCUGCUUUGUCGCCGAUACUUUCUUUCUUGCCACCCACACCACGAUGAGUGAGCAGAAGGCCAAGCGUUGGGUUGGAAAAUAUGAGGUUGGAGAAACGAUCGAACAAGGCACUUUCUCUAUAGUGAGGUAUGCUAAGAACACUGAGACAGGAGAAUCCGUGGCUCUUAAAAUCCUUGAUAAAGAGAAAGUUCUCAAGCAUAGCAUGUCUCAACAGAUAAAGAGAGAAAUUUCGACUGUGAAGCUGAUAAACCAUCCAAAUGUCGUGCGGCUGUAUGAGGUUUUGGCGAGCAAGGCAAAGAUGUAUAUUGUACUAGAGUUCAUCAGUGGUGGAAAGCUUUUUGACGAAAUUAAAAAUGAGGGGCGCAUGAAAGAAGAGGAAGCUCGGAGAUAUUUCCAGCAGCUUAUCAAUGCACUUGAUUACUGCCACAGCAUGGGACUGUACCAUAGAGACUUAAAGCCGGAAAACUUGCUUCUUGAUGCUCAAGGACAUCUGAAAGUUUCUGGUUUUGGAUUCACUGCCUUGUCCCAACAAGUCAGGGUUCUUAAUGAUCAAGGCUACGACGGGGCAACCGCAGACUUGUGGUCUUGUGGAGUGAUACUCUUUGUACUACUUGCUGGGUACUUGCCUUUUGAGAAUUCUAAUCCCAUGACGAUGUACAAGAAGAUCUCAGCUUCUGAAUUCAAAUGUCCUCCUUGGCUCUCUUCUGGUGCUAAGAACUUGAUCGUCCGAAUGUUGGAUCCAAACCCUACGACUCGUAUUACAAUUCCUGAGAUUUUGGAAGAUGCGUGGUUCAAGAAAGAUUACAAGCCAGCCGUGUUUGAAGAGAAGAAAGAAACAAAUUUGGCUGAUGUGGAAGCUGUUUUUAAAGAUUCCGAAGCUGUGACAGUGCAAUUGCGGUCAAAUCCCUGUGUGAUAUGUUCAGGUGGUACUACUUGCGGCGAUGUUCGUUCAAGGACCAAACUGAUGAAUGGUUUGAUAGAACGAGGGAGACCUCAAGAGGCUCAUUCCAUUUUCAACACACUUAUUGAAGAAGGCCACAAGCCAAGCAUCAUCACAUACACCACUCUUGUAACUGCAUUGACCCGCCAAAAGCAUUUCCACUCUCUCCUCUCUCUCAUCUCCAAAGUCGAGAAAAACGGCCUCAAACCCGACACCAUUCUCUUCAACGCCAUCAUCAACGCCUCGUCCGAGUCUAGAAACCUCGACCAAGCAAUGAAGAUCUUUGAAAAAAUGAAGGAAAGUGGAUGUAAACCCACAGCAAGUACAUUUAACACUCUCAUCAAAGGAUAUGGCAAAAUUGGUAAGCUGGAGGAAUCGUCAAGACUCCUGGAGAUGAUGCUACGGGAUGAGAUCCAACCAAAUGACAGAACAUGUAACAUACUUGUCCAGGCUUGGUGUAACCAAAGGAGAAUUGAAGAAGCAUGGAACAUUGUAUAUAAGAUGCAGUCUUACGGGGUAAAACCUGACGUAGUCACGUUUAACACACUUGCAAGAGCGUAUGCGCGGAUCGGGUCGACAUGUACAUCUGAGGAUAUGAUCAUACCAAGGAUGUUACACAACAAAGUUAAACCGAAUGUACGUACCUGCGCCAUCAUUAUGAAUGGCUACUGUGUAGAGGGAAAGAUGGAAGAAGCUUUGAGGUUUUUCUACAGAAUGAAGGAACUUGGAGUUCAUCCAAAUCUCUUCGUUUUUAACUCUCUAAUCAAAGGCUUCCUUGACAUCAACGACAUGGAUGGAGUUGAUGAGGUAGUGAAUCUGAUGGAAGAAUACGGAGUAAGACCUGACGUGGUAACAUUUAGCACACUGAUGAAUGCAUGGAGCUCUAUAGGAGAUAUGAAAAGAUGCGAAGAGAUAUAUGGAGAUAUGUUGGAAGGAGGAAUAGAUCCAGACGUUCAUGCGUUUAGUAUCCUUGCCAAAGGCUAUGCUCGAGCUGGAGAGCCAGAAAAGGCGGAGCAACUCUUGAAUCAGAUGAGAAAAAUCGGCGUUCGUCCGAAUGUUGUGAUCUACACAACGAUCAUAAGCGGUUGGUGCAGCACGGGUGAAAUGAAGAAAGCGAUGCAGGUAUAUAAGCAAAUGUGUGGAGUGGUUGGUUUAUCGCCUAACUUGACUACUUACGAGACUUUGAUAUGGGGAUUCGGGGAAGCGAAGCAGCCAUGGAAAGCGGAAGAGCUUCUGAUAGAUAUGGAAGAGAAGAAUGUGGUUCCCACGAGGAAGACUAUGCAGCUAAUAGCUGAUGGAUGGAAAGCUAUUGGUGUUUCUAAUACUAAUGAUGCCAAUACAGUCGGCUCUUCUUUCUCAACUUCCUCCAAACUCAAUGUCCCAAAUCAUAUUGUCUCGACGAGAAGUCCAUUGUUCUUAAAGGGAAUGCCUGAAAAACCGAAGCUAUGCAUCAAGUCCAGGUUUGGUUUGAGGAAGUCGAGGGUUUUGGUGGUGGUGUGCAGAGACCAGAUCGGGGAAUCUGGGAGAUUUGCAAAUUCAUGUAGACUUGUUUUCCUUUAGAGAUGGAGCCAAAUUAAAGGGUAAGAAAAGCUAACCAAAGGUUGUGGAAGCAAACAAUACAUUUUUUUGUACAAAAAUAUUUUGAAAGUGAAUGGGAAAAAGGAACAAACAUACAAAUGAGAUGGAUAAUGAUGCUAUUGAAAAGUUUUGGUUUCUUUUUUAUCAAAUGAGUAAAUUUGGUAUCCAUUUAGAGC